GAGGCUGAAGCAGCUAUGGAAGAGAGACUGAGGAAUGGGCCUGGGAGAAGGGGAACGGGAAAUAGGGAGGCUCAGAGAGGGUGACAAGAUUGGUGAAGAACUGCAAUGAGGAGGGGGCAAUCCAGGGGGCUGGGGAGGUGCUGGGGAGGCUGAUGGAGAAAAAGACCAGGGAGGUGGGACAGAGGGCAGAGACUUCUGGGAGAAAUGUGGAGGACAACUGGGAAAAGGGGUUUAGAGGGAGGCAGACAGAGAAUUGUGAAAACCGGAGACAGGGAUGGUUCAGGAGGGCUGAAGAAAGAGAGGCCAUGAUACAGGAAGAGAUGGAGACGGAAGUAGAGUUGCAGGGAAACAGGAGGUGGGGCGCACACCGAGUCCCGGAGGUUAGGGGAAAGCGUGUGUCCUUGUGGUCUCAGCCUUCCAGUUCCGUGUUUGUCCCUCGUGGUUUCAAAGAGCAAGAAGCAGGAGUCCAGGACAAGAGCUGCAGUGUGUGGCCCAGUGCGAGCGCCUCGCCCCAUCUUUCUGGACUUCCCCAGACCCGCUUCUCCAGGAUGCAGCCAGAGGUGGAGCCUUUAAUCUCCCCCAACCUGGGCGCCCCUGGCUCACACAGGGAGACAGGAUCCUUCCUUGUUGACCUCGAGUCUAUGGAGGAGUCCAUGUCUCGGAGCCUGGGCAAGCCUGCCAAAUCCUCGAAACAGUACCUGCGGCAGGUCAUCUCGGAAUAUGAGGCGCUGGAUCGGGAGCUCCCAUGUAUCCGAAAGUUCUCAGAACCACCCUCUGCCCAGCCCCUCUGCCUUUGCAUGGAGACUUCGGAGGAUUUUACGCACGUGGAGGUGCUGCAGGCUUUGGAGGCCGAGCUGCCCGGGGCCAUGGAAAGCGGGCGCCUGAACAGCAUCCGCUACGAGAAUAUGAAUGUCAUCUGCGGUACUGCGGGCCGCAGGGACAGGUGGCUCAUCACCGUCACAGACUUCCAGACGCGGUCACGCCUGCUGCGCUCGGGGCUCACCCUCCGUGGAACCGCGUACCCACUGGUGCGCCACGACGAUUUACUUCUGGGGGACUACCGUUUGCACCUGCGCCGCUCCCUGGUCCGACGGCGCAUGCUCGAAGCCCUCGGGGCGGAGCCUGCCGACGAAGAUUGACGCACAGCGGGGGCGGGUUCCAGCUGCACCCCGCCCCCAGACCCGGCGAAACGAGAAGGCGUGGCCUCCCUAGGAAGGAGGCGGGGCCGGCUCGAGGGGGUGGAUACUGUGAGUUUAAUUAUAAAGAAUGACCUGAUACAAAA